UUGGCAGACGGUACGGAAUAGUGCAGCGGCCGGGGGUUGAAUAGAAAGCUGCAAACUUUGAUGCAGCCUUCAGCAGGCAGCUGGUGACCAAAGAUUCCACAACCCAGUCCUCUGGACUGCGCUGCCACCAAAGUUGUCCACAAACGGCAACAAAGAUUCUAAGGUGCUGUAAAAGCAUGCAAUGGACGUCCAUUAAUAUCCAUGGGGAUAGAUGGUGGUGAAAUAGUUUAGUCUGUCUUCGUUGAGGGAAUUUUUCUGGAGGGUGAUAUCGCAACGAUGGUGUGUCAGACAUUCAGAAGUUUACCAAGGGGCGACUUCAGUGCUCCUCUCCUUGCUGUGGCUGUUCUCUCUAUUAUAUUCGCAGGGAUGCAAGAAACCACAGCAUUUCCUACCUGGAGAUUAGAGGAAGAAGCUCACACCUCUGGUGUGUUGCUGAUUGGGAUUCGUAAAGAUGCCCGCUCGCAGGUGCUCCAUCUAUCCAGGAACAAGCGCUACACCCUCACCCCUGAGAAACUUACAUGGGACAAGUUCAAGCUCACAUACAAGCUGCUGUCUUUCCCAACAAACUUGAUGAAUGCCAGUGACACACGUCGAGGCAUCGCCAAGGCCUUCGGCAUGUGGAGUGACGUCUCGCCCUUCAGCUUCAGAGAAGUACCAGCCGACCAAGAUGCAGACAUCAAGAUAGGCUUUUACCCCAUCAACCACACAGACUGUCUGCAGUCCUACUUGCACCAUUGUUUUGAUGGCAUCACAGGUGAACUGGCCCAUGCCUUCUUUCCCCCAACGGGCGAGAUCCACUUUGAUGACAAUGAGUAUUGGAUUCUUGGAAACAUGCGUUUUAGUUGGAAGAAAGGGGUGUGGUUGACAGACCUGGUCCAUGUGGCAGCUCAUGAGAUUGGCCAUGUCCUGGGCCUCAUGCAUUCAUUGAACCCCAACGCUAUCAUGCACCUGAAUGCAACUCUGACAGGGCGCAAGCUCAUCACACAAGAUGAAGUGUGGGGCAUGCACCGACUCUAUGGAUGUUUGGAUAGAUUAUUUAUCUGUCCAGCCUGGGCGCGGAAAGGCUAUUGCAACAGCAAGCGCAAACUCAUGCAGAAACACUGCCCUUCCAGCUGUGAUUUCUGUUACGAGUUUCCCUUCCCCACUGUGGCCCCCACCCCCACCCCACCAAGGACCAAACACAAGCUGGUUGCAGAGGGCAAGAAGCUCACCUUCCGCUGUGGGAAGAAAAUUGCAGCCAAGAGAGGCAAAGUAUACUGGUACAAGGACGAUGAGCUUUUGCAGUACUCCCAUCCUGGCUACAUCUCCCUAAAGGACGACCACAUCAGCAUAGUGGCCAAUGCCAUCAACGAGGGUACUUACACCUGCAUUGUAAGGAAAAAGAAUAAAGUCCUCACCAACUACUCCUGGAGGGUACGUGUUCGCUUCUGAGGGGGGCGAUGGGCCACGCUCUCUGCACAGAAGCACUGGGGGUUAGCACCGAGGACACAUACACAUCUUGCUUGGUCAAACAGGGACCUCAUUCUCUUGGGCACAAAUUUAAAUGUAUGUAUGUUCUGUUUCUAAAAAUCCCAACAUCUGUUUCUCCUCCCUAUAUGUGGUUUUGUAAGUGUUUUUGUGCGUGCACAAUAAACACUUGUCCUGUGACAA